AUGUCCUCGGCAGAUCCAUUCGACUCGGCCCUCGACCUUCUCCGCCGCCUCAACCCAAAGUACACCCAGCGCAACCUCGACUACAUCAUCCGCCUCGCCCCAGACCUGACAGAGGACCUGCUGUCGUCCGUCGACCAGCCCCUCGUCGUCAAGCGCUGCAAGCAGUCCGGCCGCGACUACCUACUCUGCGACUACAACCGCGAUGGCGACUCGUACCGCUCGCCCUGGUCCAACCAAUUCGACCCGCCGCUGGACGAGGCCGGGCCCGGCGGCGUCGGCGCCGGUGGUAACGACGGCGCCGGCGAGGGGGCUGUCCCGGGCGAGCGUGUGAGGAAGAUGGAGGUCAAGGCGAACGAGGCCUUUGACAUCUACCGCGAGCUGUACUACGAGGGGGGCGUCUCUAGUGUCUAUCUGUGGAAUCUCGACGACGGCUUCGCUGGCGUGGUACUGUUGAAGAAGUCCUCCCCGUCCGGCGGUAGCAGCAGCGGUGUCUGGGAUUCGAUCCAUGUCUUCGAGGCCUCCGAGCGAGGCCGCACAACAAACUAUCGGAUGACCUCGACGGUGAUGCUCAGCCUGGCUGCCAACUCCAACGUCACCCUGGGCGAGAUGGACCUAAGUGGCAACAUGACGCGGCAGAUCGAGCAGGAGCUGCCCGUGGAAACAGACGAGAGCCACAUCGCCAACGUCGGCCGCCUGGUCGAGGACAUGGAGCUCAAGAUGCGAAACCUGCUACAGGAGGUGUACUUCGGCAAGGCAAAGGACGUGGUGGGCGACCUGAGGUCGGCGGGCAGCCUAAGCGAAGGCCAGAAGGACAGGGACGCGCAGAGGGAGAUCAUUGGCAGCAUGCGCCGGUGA